GUCCAGCUAUAAUACAGGUACCUAGGUAGGGGUAGCUACUAAUCACCCGUUACUGCAAUAACUCGUGUAUAUCCAUAGAUAACCCAGCAUAGCUUUUGAGACGAGCAGCAUCAAAAUCUCCCCUUGGGAAUUUCUGGCCUGUUUCUUCUCAUGCAACCCCUGGUCUUCACUCCCGAACCUCAAUGCUCAUAUGUAUCCAUCAAGCAACCGGACGUCCAUGCCGCUGAUCACCCACCAUCGUUGGUGAUCGCCGAAUCACCCGGAAUUGCAUCCCCCGGAGCGAGACGAGGAGCACAGUAAUAACUCAACACCCACGGCUGCUGGCCCAAUGCGCUUCCGACCUCCCAGCGCGCGGGACGCCCUCAGCUUACCCGGCAUCCGUGCCUUUCUUCUCCUCACUGUCUUCGUCUCGCUGUAUUUGAUAUACGGGUCGUUGUUCUUCUACCGCGAUCCCCUCUCCAUAUUCUUCUCCGAGAAACAUGGAUUCGAUCGCAUCUACUCCGUAACCCGGCAGGCCGAGGCCGACGAGUUCUUCGAUGCUGCCGUAGGCAAUCCCGACCGAAUAGAAAAGCAGAUAGGGAAGGCCGGUGCCAGCCCCGAGGUAUGUGCUGUGUUCCUCACCGUAGGGAGGAAUAUGGAAGGGCGGCAGUAUAUCGAGAGCGCCGUGGGGUCGUUCCUGGCCAACAUAUCGCGCGCCGAGAGGGAGUUGAUACACCUCAAGGUAUUCUUCGCCGACGUCCCGGACCCCAGCACGCAGCACAAGAGCUAUGCCACGAUGAUCGACGCCGGCCUCGCUGACGAGGUAUUCACGUACAAUUCUACGUUGCGAGCAAGUGAAAAGAGCCGCAAGAUUGAGGAAUUGACUAAGCUCGCCCAAGAUCGCCUUAACAAACACGCGCUCGAGAGGAAGACGAUAUUCGACUACGCCUACGCGCUCAGUCGAUGCGUGCAAACGACCGACGCACCCUACAUCGCGGUAUUCGAGGGCGAUAUCUUGCUGGCCGACGGCUGGGCCGCCAGGACGCUGAAGAACCUACACAAAACCGUGCUGAUCAUGAGGGAUCCCAGGCGACGGGACCCCGAGAGGGGCCAGGUCCAACCCGGCGUGCCGAACAGCUGGCUCUACCUACGGCUGUUCAACCAGGAGCGAAGCACCGGGUGGGCCGGCGGGACCGGAUUCUUCAGCAACAACGUGCACGUCAUCUCCGCUAUGGUGAGUAUCCCGCUGCUCCUCGUGCUCCUCCUAGCGCGAAGGCAGCUACCGCGCCACGUGGCCCGGCACCUCGACGGGUGGGCGCUGCUGGUCAUCUGCGGCCUCGAGGUGCCCCUGGGCCUAUGGCUCUUCUUCGCGUCGGGGAAGGCGUCGCUCGUCGGCCCGCGGCCGGGCGUGCGCGAGGAGUUUUUCGGGUGCUGCAACCAGGCGCUCGUGUACAACCGGGAGCACGCCGGAGACCUCUCGGACUUCAUGGCCGUGGCCUCGGGGCGCGAGGCGCCGGGCCGGAGCGACAUGCUGCCGAAGCAGUUCGCGUGGGAGCGCGGCCUCGCGCGGAUGAGCGCGUACCCGAUGCUCGCGCAGCACUCGGGCCGCAUCAGCGCCAUCGACACGAGCAACGACGAGGCGAAGCGUGUGUGGAGCAUGGCGUUCGAGGACCUGAAGCCCCUAAAACUGGCCGACGACCAUGUGAGGGACGUUUGGGACAUGUUCGGUGACGACGCUGUCGACGGCAUGGAGCGGCAGCGGUCCAACCAUUAUACGUAAGGCGAAUACUUCGUCGAUGCGCUUCGAACUGUGAUUUUUCGUUUGGCUUAUAACCCCAUGCUCGAUACCCUUUGCAAUUAUAUACGUAUGACUGAUGAGUGCUCAAACCCGGAGCGACUCCUACUUGUUAAGACCCUCUAGAUAUAAUUCUAUUUGGCACGUACGCACGCUCGUGCUGUAUGAGAAUAGCAUCAGGUGAGGUCGGUCUAUAGAGUACAUUAUGCUACUUGGCGAUCAGCCGGCCAUUAGGAAUACAUUUCUGGAAGAGAAAAUGGUCCC